UUGUUGUAGUGCCAUAGGCUUCCAUUGGCUCUAAAUAUGGCGACAAAAACUACAUUCCCCUCCAUGCAACGCAACUUGGCGUAGAUUUGCACUUCCUGUUAGCUCGGGGAAGAUAGCGGAGAAGCGGUCGAAGAAAUUACUGAUGUAUUUAUGUAAAAUCGUAGCAUAAUUGUUCAGGAACGUGCUAUUCUGGAUCCUUUCAGGUCCAUCUUUGGGAGACGACAAUGAUCCGCUUCAUCCUCAUCCAAAACCGAGCAGGGAAGACACGACUGGCCAAGUGGUACAUGCAGUUUGAUGAUGAUGAGAAACAGAAGUUGAUUGAGGAAGUGCAUGCUGUGGUAACUGUAAGGGAUGCCAAGCACACCAAUUUUGUGGAGUUCAGGAACUUCAAGAUCAUUUACCGACGUUAUGCUGGUCUGUACUUCUGUAUUUGUGUGGACGUGACUGAUAACAACUUGGCAUACCUCGAGGGAAUCCAUAACUUUGUAGAGGUGCUGAAUGAGUAUUUCCACAACGUGUGUGAAUUGGACCUUGUGUUCAACUUCUACAAGGUGUACACGGUGGUGGACGAGAUGUUCCUGGCGGGAGAGAUCAGGGAGACCAGUCAGACCAAGGUCCUUAAGCAGCUGCUCAUGCUCCAGUCGCUCGAGUAGAAUGCAGACGACCAUCCUUCCUACCGGCCCACUAAUCUGCUGCCCUGCCCCUGGUACCUACACCGACCUACUCCCUGUUCCCGUCACUUCUGGAAUUAAUUUUCCUGCCUCUACGAAGCAGACUUCACUUCUUACAGAACUUCAGGCGGGGGUGUUUUUAGAAAUAAAAAUAAAAAAUACACAAUAUUGUUUACAUAUGGAUAUAUAAUAUGGACGUUCAGUUAACCUGUUUGUCACAGCAGUCUAUAUGUUGCAAUAUUCUGUUUGUUGUACUUCUAAUGAAGUCUCCUAGUAUAAAAAGGCUGUACAUUUCAACAUGUUAACAUUUCAUCGUGUUAACAUUACAUAUACCGCCUAAGUUACAAUCAACUUCAUAUUCUGUUCACUUUUUCCCAAAGCCAGAGGCUGCAGAAAUGAGUUAUUUCAUGAAGUACCCAGUUAGUCUUGGCAUUUCUCUCUGUGAGGUGUGGAAACACUGAUGCAGAUCCACCAGUGUGACACUGCUCUCUCCUGCCGCCCUCCUCCUAUCCUCCCUUCAUUAACCUCAACUUUCAUUUAAUGGCACUACUGUAACUAACAAGCACCAUGUAUGAAGAGUGACUGCCUUCAACAGCUUUGCAGCCAUUUCUACAAAUCCUUGUAAAGAAAGACCUUGCUAGUGAUGGCUGUAUUGUCACACCCUCUGCUCAUUUUGUAUCUGGAUCACAGUACAAGCAAACUACAACUAGAAAGCCCUUUAGAGCAAUUGACCCACCACGGAAAGUUCAUAAUUGAAUGGAGUGUACUUAGGAUGAGUGCCAUUUUGACAGUGUGUUAUGGCAACCUGUGCCGUGUCAGACAUCCUCAUGGCUGAUGAUGGUAAACAAGUGUCGGGUUAUGUUAGCUCAGAUAGCUGCACUCCGGAUAAUAAUUUCUAUUGCAUUUCACGAUCUAGAUGACUUAAUGAAAUCAUUUACAUUAAAUGGUGCUUGUUGGUCACACUUAAAACACUUAAAACACAAAUGCACUCAGACGGAAAAAAAAAUACCUGGACGUAGAUAGUAUAUUUGACAUAAAGCAGUACUGUGAAGUUUGCUUCGUAUGGCGUGUACAUACAGUAUCUUGGAGUAUGUUGAAUAUUGUGAAAUUAACACAUGCAUUCCAGAAAGAGUGGUUCUCGGUCUGAGGAGUAUUUACUUGUGUAAGAUCCAUAAAUUCCUUUGCCAUUGCGUAAAAUAUAUUGGCUUUUAAAUUCCUCCUUCAAGCCUUAUGAACUUUGACAAAAAAAAAAUCCACUUUUAUUAAUUUCCAUUUGCUGGACUUUAAUGUUUAUGAAAUUACUUGUCAUACUCUAAUUUUAACCAUAUCUAGUCACAAAGGUGGUUUCAAAUGUUACUGUUGAACUUUUUUGUUUUUUAAAUGAUUGGCAAUUGUGAAAUAUGUACUGCUUCCGUUCUUGUCCACGUGUAUUUGUUGAUGGAAGAUGUGUUUGUAUGUAUUACUGUCUCCCAGUUCAACAACCCACAUUAACACAUCCCAUUAUAUGUAAAUAAUAAAAUAACGUGAUACAUGAAUA